AUGGAAAACCCUGUUGAUGCCGUCCACGGCGAGACUUCGACCACGACGAACGAUAAUGACGAUUCCAAUGUCCAUUUUCUUCCUCCCAGUAUUGAUCGCAGCCGCCUGCUUUCCGGAGAGUCCUUUUCGCACUACUCGCCGUGUCCCGCUGCGAUUGCGACUCAAAAUUCAACUCAAAGCCCUAGUAUUACUCCAUGUGUCCUGGGUGUCGACGAAGCUGGCCGUGGUCCAGUGCUAGGACCGAUGGUCUACAGUGCUUUCUAUUUGCCUGCGGAACUUCAUCAUUCCCUCCUAGCCCAAGAAUAUAGCUUCGAUGACAGCAAAGUUCUCACACCUGCGGUACGAGCCAACUUGAUGCGAUUAAUUUGCACACAGGGAAACCCACUCUUCGAGUCUUGUGGAUGGGCGACCAAACUUCUUUCCGCGCGCGACAUAUCUUCGGGGAUGAUGCGGCCCGGGACUGGGAUCUAUAAUCUCAAUGCGCAGGCCAUGGACGCCACAAUCGAGAUCAUCCGGGGAAUUGUGGAGGAGCGGAAGGUGGACGUCAAAGAGGUGUACAUUGAUACUAUCGGAAACCCGGCAACGUACCAACAGAAGUUGGAGCGGAUAUUUCCAUCUCUCAAAAUUACAGUAGCAAAAAAGGCCGAUUCCCUAUAUCCUUGCGUUAGCGCUGCCAGUGUUGUUGCGAAAGUGACCAGAGAUAUUGCGUUAGACACAUGUUACGAAACGUUACUCGCGGCUCAGCAGAUGUCGGAGGAGAUUGUCACCACAGACAGCUGGGGUAGCGGCUAUCCUUCAGAUUCUAAAUGUGCCGGUUGGCUCCGGCGAAACAUGGAUCCUAUCUUUGGAUGGGGCAAUGAAUGCCGAUUCAGUUGGGGCACUGCAAAAGAGAUGUUGGAGCUAAAAGGAGGAGUCAGGGUCGACUGGCCCGUGGAAGAGGAUGAGGGUAUGCGACUUAGUGAGUUUCUUUCCACCGGAACAGCCAAGGGUACAGACCGAGGAGAGUUGCGGGAUUGGUAUGGUCACAAAAUGGCAGAAGUUCUGUGA